CGCGGCGGUCGAGCGGCAUUCGAUCGUCUCUCGAACCGACUGCAAUCGAUCAGGGCAGCCUACUGACGGUCACUGACAGGAGUGCAUGGCAGAGCAUGUCAUACGGCUACCCUGCUGCUGUCGACAUGCGCUAUACUCGAGACUGCAGCCUGCCUCUCGACUUCGGCCAACUGCUUUUCUGUCAAAGCGUGCCAUGGUCAUUUCCUCGAUUGAUACGACACAGACGCUGCCUGCGCAAGAUCCCAGGUCGCCCCAGUCUAAGCUACAAGGAAAAAAGAAGCGACCGAAGGGCAAGGGGGCACCUGAAUCUGCUUCUACGUCUCGUGAGCCCAUAGACGAACGAGACGGCGAAAUCGUCCAAGACGAUCAAAGUGAUCGCUUUCCGCUACGAUCACAGCGAGGCUUGACCCGCAGCAGACUCCACUACUUGCUAGCACAAGCAGCAGACUCCGGCGACCUGUCUCAAGCACUUCAGCUUGCCGCAGAUCUCAAGCCAUUGCUGCCCCUGCCGCCCAAGGCGUUGAAAGACAUCAAACUCGUCAGCGCGACCUAUCUCUAUCUCAUCCAGACGCUCGCGAAAUCAGGACAGUAUCAUGCUGCUCGUGCCCUCGUGCGUGAGAUGGACGCGCUCGAGAUCCCCGUGAAGCUGCCAAUCCUCAACGAGCUCAUGCGUGCUGUAUCACUCUACGGGGGCGAUCAAAUGGAGGUUCUCGCUCUGUUCGCUCAGUACGGCGUCGAGCCAAGCGCACUGACAUACCAAUACCGCAUCGAGCAGCUCUGCUCGCCUCAUUUGGAAGCAUCGAAUACCAAGCUCGAGCUCGCUCUCUGCUUGCGCGAUGAGAUGGAACUAGCUGGCAUCAAAGUGCGCAACCGUACGACCGACAUGCUCAUCCAGGCUGCCGCCAGAACAGGCGAAAUCAGAUUGGCUUACGAUCUCGCGGUCGAAUCACCUCAGAUCUCGCUCGAAGCCGCUCUUUCUCUCGCAUACCAUGCUGCAGAUCAUCACCAGGCGGAACCGAUGUCAUGGGCAUGGGCAGUCAUUCGCAAGCUCCAAUAUACCCCCGAUAGAGGAUUGCUUCAGCUCAUGCUCAACUGCGCUAGCCGAGCUGGCUCGGUUGAGCAAAGUACAGAUUUGUUCGAUCUCAUGCUCGCCAAAGAUCUCGGCUCGUCGGCUAGCAUGUCCCAAGAGCUCUCUGCCUUGCUCGAAGCCACACUACGUGCUCGAGAUCUCGACAAAGCAAUCGACACGCUGUCCCACAUGCGCUCGGUCGACUGCACGAUCAGUCCUGCUCUUUCACGACAGUUUCAACCGCUUCUUGCGACGAGCGAGCAAGUCGACAAUAUGACGUCUCGCUUACGUUCUCGAGCCGAUGAGGCCGGCUCGACGGAUAUCACGCUCUUUGACGCACUGAUAGAGGCAACAGCCAUGCAAAAAGGAGCCUCAAUAGCACACAGUCUUUUGCAUGAUCACGAACGCUUUCGCUUGGUCCCGGAGGGAUUGCGUACAGAGACAUACGUCGGACUAUUGAAGGCUUGCCAACUCCUGGCGACGCCCGAAGCGACCGAUGUCGCUACACGCGUCUGGACUGAGCUAGCAACGUCUGGCAUGUCGCUCACACGGGCGGCAUACAACGCGCGACUUGAGCUGCUUCUCCUCUCUUGUUCGACUGGCUCGGUCAGAAUCGACGAAAUCCUCAGCACGCUCGACGCAAUGGAUGCGGUUGUACUCACACGCGGGCGCAGGGGUUUACGACCCGUCCGGUCAACCGUGGUUGCCAUCUUGCGAGCCCUGCUGCAACAGACGCGAGACGAUAGGGCAUUCGAAUUUGCAAAAAGGAUGAAACGAUAUGGCUAUGUCGUACCUACAGCACUCGCCACCGAAGCCGACGAGCAGCUCGGAGCGGGCUCGGGCAAGACGCUCAGACAGCUCUCUGGCGCGUUCGAUCAUUUCGGGCAGACGAAUAGUGGCCGCUUAUGAUCGAAAGCACGCGCACGCGUGUAAAUCAAUAGAGCAUCCAAUUCGUCCAACUGAUGCGGCUUUACAAACGUAGUGAGAACAUUCACGGAGGAACAGGUUGCAGA